CUUUCUUUCAACGCGGAAGUACGCCACUGUGGAAGUACGCAUGGUACGCAUCGCCAACAUCAUCGGCUGCUGCUGGUUGAAUUUAUUGCGAGCGUGUGUCAAAUGGCUGUGAGGAGUGUCUGCCUCCGAACUUAAUUUUGAUCAAAUUUGAACAGAUUAGUGACACCUAGUCGGAACAAAUCCUUAAGCUCCUCUUGAUCAGCGUUCUGGCUGCCCAAAACGUGGAAAGCGUAUGCUCCUCGUGCUUUGUGAGGGGAGAGGCAUUGGACAGCUUCUGUCACUCAUUUUUGCGUCGCAGCAAGACUCUAGCAGAGCGGCACCAUGCCCCAGGGAUCGAGAAAAGUCCCUUUCAGUGCCAAGCAGAAAAAGAUCCAGUUGCAACAAAAGCGAGAGCGCAAACACGGAGGACACGGGGGCAACGUAACUAGGCAGGAGCCGUCGAAGAAAGAGCUCGAUGCAGAACAGCAAGCGCCUCUUUCCCUCGGCGAGGUUAUCCGCAUAAACGCGCAAGGAGAUGUCGGACAGCGCUCAAGUCGGGUGUUCCGGUACUGCCUGCAGUUCAAGAAGGAGUCCCCCGAAGAGCUUCAGCGACGUAAACAGCAGGCCAGGAAGCCCUACGUCGUUCUGCCAGAGAAAGCCCUCGAAGUGACUCCUGAGGAGUUCUUCCUCCCUGGAUCGGCACUGGACAUCCCAAAGCGACCGCCCUGGAACAGGUCCAUGACGAGAGAGGCCCUGGAAGCGAGGGAAGCCCAUUAUUUCCGGGAGUAUGUGGAGUCGAUCGAGCGGUCCUUUGCAGAUGCCGAGCUGAGCUACUUUGAGCUGAACCUCGAGACCUGGAGGCAGCUCUGGCGAGUGCUGGAGAUGUCCGAAGUCAUCCUGCUGGUGGCAGACAUUCGGCAUCCUGUGGUGCACUUUCCGCCAGCCUUGCACAAGCAUGUCACUGAAGACCUGGGCAAGCGUCUCAUCCUGGUGCUGAACAAGAUCGACCUGGUGCCUGACAAGUUGACUGCCGCCUGGAUCCAAUUUUUCCGAGAGCGCUUUCCCGGACUUGUGGUGCUGCCAUUUGCAUCCUACGCCGGCAUGACUGCAAAGGGCAAGAAAGGUAGGCGGCAGGGCAGGCUGCGUAUGGCGGCGGACGCCUGCCGGGGACUCGUGGCGGCUCUCGAGGAGAUGCUCGGCGGGAAAGUGGACCUGUCGAGCUGGAGGGAGAAGAUCGACGCAGAGUCGGCGGAGGAGGUGGCUGCCGAUGACGACGAAGAGGAGUCUGACCCGCUGGCCAACGCCCCGACCGAACUGGUGGCGCCCGACACGAGCUUCUAUGGCGAGGAGGGCUUCAAGGAUGGCCGGCUCACUCUGGGCUUUGUCGGACACCCCAACGUGGGCAAGUCGUCGCUGCUCAACGCCCUGAUGGGUCGCAAGGUGGUGAGCGUGUCGCGCACCCCUGGCCACACCAAGCACUUCCAGACCAUCUUCCUGACGGACAAUGUGCGCCUCUGCGACUGCCCGGGCCUCGUCUUUCCUUCGCUGCAACCCAAGGCACUCCAGGUGCUCACGGGAUGCUUUCCAGUGGCCCAGCUGCGUGAGCCCUACUCGGCCAUCGAAUUUCUGGCCAAGAGGCUGCCCGUGCCCUCCAUACUCAAGCUCGAACCCCCCGAGUCGGACAGUGUUGGGCCUGCAGGGGACACUUACCCGUGGUCGGCGUUCGAGCUCUGCGAGGCCUGGGCCCUGCAGAGGGGCUACCUGACGGCCAAGGCUGGGCGCCCGGACUCUUACCGAGCAGCCAACAGCCUGCUACGCAUGGCCUUGGACGGCCGCACUCUUUGCCUCUCCUUCCGACCACCUGGAUACAGUUUGCACCAGGAGGACACGGCAAACUCUUCUCUCGUGGCCCAACUUGCACGCAUCCGAGGUGAAACGCCCGCUCACGACGAUGCGGAAGAAGACAACGAGCCGAGCAGCAGUGAAGAUGACGAGGAGGACGAAGACGAUGACUACGGUGCGCUGCAAACCAACAAGUUUGCCGCCUUGGAGGAUUCCUCCUGAACCAGAUCAGCAUCUACCCUCUUCUGUGCAGAGUAGUUUGAGUAAUAAAGGAAGCUUCACAACCUUUUA